CACCACAUUUUUCCCUCGCCUAAAUCGUUCAGGAGCCGGCUCUUCUCUGUCUGUUCAAAAACCUCCUCACCGCGCGGGCAACCUCCCAGUCCCACAUCGCAGCCCUAGUGCCUCUCUGGCUCUCUCUACAGUGCGACACACGGAAGAGCCUAACCAGUGGAGGGGAGGAGGAGUGGAGGGGAGGAGGAGUGAGGGCAUUCAGAACUUGCCAUUUCUGCUGCUUCUUCCUCUUCGUUCUUCAUGUUCUCUCCUGCCAGCAAGAGGCCUAACUUGGGCGCCCACAAAGGCCGGAGCUCCAUCCAUGGCGCCCCCGGAUCGCCUGCCACGCCGCCGUCGAAUGCCCACAGGCCGGCCCUUGGCGGCCUUGUUCCUAAUCGGCCGGAUUACGGAACGCCUAUGCCCAAGAGUUCGAGAUUUUCCGGUGUCUCCAGUAGAAUUCCUUUAACAAAGAAAACAGAAAAAGGAGCAGAUGACCAAAUUCAGCCUGUACAAAUAGGGGAAUUUCCACAAGUACUUCGUAGUGCACAAGCUAGUUUACUUCGGAAGGGGGUGACUGAUGGCUGCAUGAUAUCUGGAGGCAUGGAUAGAAAUACUUGCUUGUCCUGGAUGAUAUGUGGUCAUCAGCUUUUCAUUUGGAGUUACAUGUCCAGUGUGGCUACUCAAAAGUGCACAGUUCUUGAUUUGCCUGAUGUCCUUUUAGAAAGUUCAGGUUAUUCUACAAGGUCAAGGCAUAAUAACUUAUUACUCUGUGUUGUUAAAUGGGAUGAGGAGAAUAGAAGCAGUGAAGUCUUGGAAAACCAGUGCUCUGUUGGUGUUAUUUUAGUUAGCGGGAAAACACAUGCUCUUGCAUACUGGAAUGAUAUAUAUUCGGAGCCUGAGAAGGUUGCAGUUUUUAGCCAUCCAAAAAAUGAGCAUAAACAGAUACAUGAGGCAAAAGCUAUAAUGGCAGAUACAAGUGGAAACUUGAGCAAUCUAUCGGAGUGUAACUCUUUGAUUGUUUCUUCAGUUCCUGACUGUGUAAGGCAUGAGUGCCUUGCCCUUGCCUGCCAUUCAAAUGGUGAGGUAUGGCUCUUCAGGUGUACUUCUGAUGGUGUAUCUAGGGAAAAAAUUUUUGCAGUGUUAGACAAUGGUUCAUCUGGGGGUAUGGAUAGUAGCACUCAAUACACAAGAUCAUUAUGUUGGCGUUGUCAGGAUGUUUCCUCAAAGGAAUAUAGCCGGCAGUUUCUGAUCCUUACAAAUCAAAAGAUUCAGUGUUGGAAUAUCAACCUUACAGGGGAAAUAAAUGCUUCUAGGCUAUGGUGUCAGGAAAUAACUGGCACGGAUAUUGAAAUUGGCAGUCAGAAAGAUCUGACUGCUCAAAAACAAGUCUGUCUUUUGGAUAUGAAGGUGGACGAUGCUGGUAAAGAGCUGACAAUUUUAAUUGCUACUUCUUGUAAAGAUAAAGUGGGAAAUUCAAAUUACAUUCAGUAUUCUGUACUGAAAAUGCAGUAUAACCAUGCUCUUGAAAUGUCCAAGGAAAAUGGUGCACCUAAAAAUCCAAAGGUCUUGGAGAAAAAAGGUCCUAUUCAGGUGAUCCUUGCUAGCGCUCAGAUUGAGGAAGAUGACUUUUUGACUGCCAUGCAAUUGCGUAUUGGUGGGAAGCCUUCUGGAUCUGCGAUGAUACUGUCUAGGGAUGGGACUGCUACAAUUGCUCAUUUUUGGAGGGAAGCUGCUAGCCUCUAUCAGUUUGAUUUGCCGUGGGAUGCAGGGAAUGUAAUUGAUGGCUCAGUUCUUCUUUCCAUGGGAUGUUCACAGGAGGGUGCAUGGGUCAUACUUACUGAGAAAAAUGGCAUAUGGGCUAUUCCUGAAAAAGCUAUUUUACUUGGAGGAGUAGAAUCAUCCAAGCAACAGAGUCUGCCCUGUCUUAGUGCAAAUGAAUCAUCUCCUGGAGAAGAACAAAGAAGUGUUCCAUUUGCAAGGGAUUUUGGUCCUAGGAAGGCUAGCUCUGAAGCAUGGGAGAUUGGUGACACAGGAAGGCCUGUUUUGAUGGGUAAAAUUCACCAAUCUGCUCAUGAUAAGGAAAUGGAAGCUUUGGUUCUUAAUUUUUUUCAUGAUUUUCUUUACUCUGGGAAAGUUGAAGGUGUGUUUGACAAGUUAAAAAAUUCUAAAGCAUUUGAGAAGGAUGGUGAAACAAAUAUUUUUGCGUGUGCUAGCAAAUCAAUUGUAGAUACACUUCCCAAGCAUUGGACAACUACUAGGGGAACUGAAGUUGUAGCCAUGGCUGUGGUGUCAUCCCAGCUUGUGGAAAAGCAGCAGAAGCAUCAGAAAUAUCUCCACUUUCUGGCUCUGUCAAAGUGCCAUGAAGAAUUGUCUUUCGGACAGCGACGAUCUUUGCAAAUUAUUUUGGAGCAUGGUGAGAAGCUUGCUAGCAUGAUCUGUUUGAGAGACUUGCAAAAUGCACUUAGCCAAAAAAAUUCCAUUGAUGGGUCUGGAGGUAGUGAAACAUCUGGUGCUCUUUGGGAUUUAAUCCAAUUAGUUGGUGAGAAAGCAAGGAGGAACAAUGUGCUUUUAAUGGAUCGUGAAGCUGUAGAGAUAUUCUACAGCAAAGUUUCUGAAAUUGAGGAGAUCUUCUCAUGUAUACAUCAUUAUAUUUCAUACAUUUCAGAGAAAGUGCAUCCAUCUUUGUCCCGGAUACAUCGUGCUUGUGAAAUCUCGAAAGCAUGUACCAUGUUGGUCAGUGCUGCUGUUAACUACAGGAAGAUACAAUCAACAUGGUAUCCAUCUCCUGAAGGCUUAUGUCCAUGGAACUGUGAGCCUAUAGUGCAAUCUGGCCUUUGGAGCAUAGCUUCCCUCAUUCUUCAGCUGCUAAAGGAAUCUCAGGGAUCAGAUCCAUCCAUAAAAAAGGAACUUGUUAUCCACUUGGAAGAGCUUACUGAUGUUCUUUUGGAAGCAUAUGCAGGGUCUCUCACUGCGAAGAUAGAAAGAGAGGAAGACUACAAAGGAUUGCAGAUGGAAUAUGCUGUUAGACGGGAUGCUCUCCUUGGUCCCAUGUAUCAACACGUGAAGGAGUUAGCAGAAGCUGGAUAUAAGGACUCAUGUGAAGGUUCUGAAGCUCCUGAAAUGAAAGAUGCUAUCCUUAAGGAGUUUUCUGGACAUUUGAUAGCUAUUGCAAGAAGACAUGCAGGCUAUCAAACAUUGUGGGACAUUUCUUGUGACUUGAAUGACACAAUGCUUCUCCGAACCUUAAUGUAUGAGAGUAUGGGAUUGAAAGAAGGUCGGUUUAGUCAUUUUGUCUUUGAGAGGCUUUAUGAGAAUCGUCAAUAUUCCAAGAUUCUGAGGCUUGGGGAGGAGUUUCAGGAAGAGCUUGUUUCAUUUCUUGAACAACAUAUGGAUUUAUUGUGGCUUCAUGAGAUAUUCUUGAACCGUUUCUCAUCUGCGUCAGAUACCCUUCACAAAUUGGCACUUUCUCAGGAUGACAAAUUCCAAAUGACAAAUGUUGAAAGUUUUAACAAUGAGAAUACAAGGUCUAGUCUGUCUCUUGUGGAUCGAAGGCGUCUGUUGAAACUUUCCAAAAUAUCUGCAUUCACAGGUCGUGAGCUUGAUCUUGAGAAGAUACAGCGCAUUGAAGCAGAUUUGCAUAUUUUGAUGGUGCAGCAAGAGGUUCAUCUGCUCUAUGAUUGUGGAGAUCGGCUUAUUCCUCCUGCAGAACUUAUUGAAAUCUGCUUGAGAAGCUCAGAGCCAAGACUGGUUUUCCGAACAUUUGAUGUGUUUGCUUGGACCAGCUUUUCUUUCAGAAUGUCAAACAGAAAUCUCCUGGAGGAAUGUUGGAUGUAUUCAGCAAAUCUUAAUGACUGGGGAAGGAUAUACAAGCAAUCAGUUUCAGAAGGAUGGAGCGAUGACAAGAUAUUGGAAACACUGCAAGAAACAGGCUUAUUUAAAGCAGCAACUCGGUGCUAUGGUCCAGACUCUCAGUUCUAUGAAGGAGGAUUCAGAGAAAUACUGCCCUUAUUACAGGAAGAUAUAGAUGCAAGUGAAAAGGAUUCAUGUUCGUCCGUAGAGGCAAUCCUGAUGCGACACCCUGAUUUUCCUGAAGCAGGGAAACUAAUGAUCACUGCAAUAGUGAGGGGUAAAUUUGGUAAUGGAGUUGGAGUUGUACAUUCACCAAUGAUUUCUACCUGAUUAUAGUACACUUUUUGUCAUUUGAUCAUGAGUUUACACAAGCUAGGAUGGCCUAAAAUCAGCUAAAAUGUUUCUAAUGCUAUGUGCAUGUUAAUCUGUUGCUAAUCAAUGGGCAUCAUUUCAUCAUUUAAUGUAACAUAAGUAAAGCUAGUGUCUUGAAAUGUUGAAUAUUUCUGCCCCCUGAAACAGCCUUAAAAUUUUCUGACCUAAACAUGCUGCCAGUGCUACUACAUCCAGAUUAUGGGCAGUAACGACUUCACACUUCACAGAGA